GCGCUGCACGCUUCCGUUCAUCGGUUCAUUGUCAAGAUGGCCGUGAGCCGCCUGACUGCUGCUGUCUGCAGACAAUUCCAGCGUGUUGUUACAGUCUCUUCACACACACAGCCUCAGUGUGCGACUCAAGCGUUCUCCAGAUUUCAUUUGUGUCAACGAAGACAAACAUAUGACUCGUGGUGGUUCAGAAGCUCCAUGAAUAACCGAGCACUCCACACAUCCUGUGUCAGGAAAGGACUGGAAGAGUUUUUUGACCUGCCAGAGAACUGGGGUGAACAAACAGUUAAAUCAGGUGCUCCAUGGACUGCCAAACAGCUUAGAGUGAAAAGUAAUGAAGACUUACACAAACUUUGGUAUGUUCUUUUGAAGGAAAAGAACAUGUUACUCACUGUAGAACAGGAGGCAAAACGACAGCGCCUUCCGAUGCCCAGUCCAGAGCGCCUCAAGAAGGUUGAAAGGUCAAUGAAGCGUCUUGACACAAUUGUGACAGAACGUGAGGAUGCUCUGCGCUUGCUGCAGACGGGACAAGAGAGAGGUAGACCGGGUGAAUGGCGCAGAAAUGUUUUUGGCAAAACCUUCUGGUACCGCUUCAAGGAACAUCCAAUCCCCUGGUACCUGAAUUCCAGAUACAAAAGGCGGCGAUUCUUUGAACCAUCACAUGUGGCCCCUUACACAAGGCUGAGCCUUGAAAAAUACCUGAGGAGUAAGAUGCGGAAAGAUAAAAGACAGAAGAGAAACCAAAAGAGGCUUGCCGCAAUGUUUCCAAAAAAGACUGCACUUGCAUGAAACCACUUACAAUUUUUUCACAUUUAAUGUUGUCUUUUCAUCAUGUAAUAUUUUUUUCAUUUCUCUGCAAGUUUUGGAGAUUGGAAAUAUGUUGUACAGUCAAAUAAUAAAUUCAAACCUGUAAUGGA